UUGGCAUCUGGCUUAGUGACGACACUUCCCUCGCUGUCCCUGGAUUUAUCCCCCGAAGUUUUCUCCCCCACUUCUCCCCUCCAGGGCGCUGCGAAGUGAACUUUUUCCUUUCUUUUUCUGGCCAAAGUAAAAAGAAAAAUAAGCUACGAUGUCGCCGCCGUCUCGCCGGCUUCAGACGAAGCCUGUGAUCACCUGCCUGAAGACUUUCCUCAUCUCCUACAGCCUCAUAUUCUGGAUCACAGGCAUGUUCCUGCUGGCGGUGGGGGUGUGGGGGAAGGUGAGCCUGGAGGCCUACCUCUCCCUGGCUUCUGAGAAGAGCACCAAUGCACCAUAUGUCCUCAUUGGGACUGGAGCCACCAUCGUUAUUUUUGGACUGUUUGGUUGCUUCGCUACAUGCCGCGGCAGCCCGUGGAUGCUCAAACUGUAUGCGAUGUUCCUGACCGUGGUGUUCCUGGCUGAGCUUGUGGCCGGGGUGUCAGGCUUCAUCUUCAGGCAUGAGAUAAAAGCCACUCUAGGUACCGCCUACAAAGUCGCAUUGCAGACCUACAACACCACCGGCAGCAGCAGCGCCGCAGUCGACACCAUCCAGAGGACUCUGCAUUGCUGUGGGAUGAAAAACUACACUGACUGGGAAAAUACACCAUACUUUAAAGAGAAAGGCAUCCCCACCAGCUGCUGUAAAGACAGCACUAAGUGCUCACCGGAGACCCUGAGAGACCUCGACAAGGCUAAGAACGAAGUGUACACAACGGGUUGUUUCGCACUGGUGACCACUGUGAUGGAGGCCAACCUGGGAAUCAUUGCUGGGAUCUCUUUUGGAAUUGCAUUCUUCCAGCUCAUUGGAAUAUUCCUGGCUUGCUGCUUGUCUCGAUACAUAACCAACAACCAGUACGAGAUGGUCUAACGGUGACCUUCCACAGGUCACUGACGGGCAGCUCCUGAUGCAAACUAAGUCAAAAAGAAUCUCCUGUGAUUUUUAAUAUUGUGUUGUGUUAGUUUAUAUUAUACUUUUUAGAGAGGGAAACGCUCUCGCUGCUUCUUUUAUCCAAUCUCACUUUUUGGCAAACGAGCAGAAGGGAAUAUGUGAAAGGAAUUUAAAAGGGAAGUCUGCAGCAUAGUUUGACCAAAAAAAAAGAAAGAAAAGGGACCCUUCAAGAUUCAAGGACAGUUCAGAGAUAAGUUGUUACUCUUGGGAUUUAAUUAGGGAAUAUCCAUCAAGAAUAUAUGUUGUUAUCUUCUCAUUUGAGUUAAUUAACUCUACCAGUAUGUCAACAUUUCCAUUUCUUGUGUCUUUAUAUAACGCAGCUUUUUUUUGUAAUUUUGCUAAACUUAGUUUGUAGCUAAGCAGAUGAAAUCUAGACAAUAAGCUGACAAACUUCAACACUAAAUGAGUUUCUGUGUGUGUGAAACGCAGACAGACUGAGGUCGCCAUCCUUGAAAUCAAGUAUUUGCGGUUUUCUGUGGAAACGUACCGAUUGAUCAUGUGGGCGCAGCGUCGUUUGAAAGCCUGCAUUCAUAUGUGCCAAUUACAGCAGCCCAGCCAACUUCAUAUCACAGUUUUCAGUGUUAAAUUGUUAUUCUUUUUGUGGAUGCAUGUGAAAUACUUGAAAAAAAUAAAGAUGAAUUCCAGCAUCUUGAA